AUGGCGAACGAGACUAUCACGCCACCACUCGUCAGACAUUACCAUAUGACGAACGAGACUAUCACGCCCGCACUCAGCAAACAUUACCACACGUACGAGACUACCAAGCCACUACUCAGCAGACAUUGCCAUAGGACGAACGAGACUAUCACGCCACCACUCGGCAGACAUUACCACAUGACGAACGAGACUAUCACGCCACCACUCGUCAGACAUUACCAUAUGACGAACGAGACUAUCACGCCCGCACUCAGCAAACAUUACCACACGUACGAGACUACCAAGCCACUACUCAGCAGACAUUGCCAUAGGACGAACGAGACUAUCACGCCACCACUCGGCAGACAUUACCACAUGACGAACGAGACUGUCACGCCACCACUCGUCAGACAUUACCAUAUGACGAACGAGACUAUCACGCCCGCACUCAGCAAACAUUACCACACGUACGAGACUACCAAGCCACUACUCAGCAGACAUUGCCAUAGGACGAACGAGACUAUCACGCCACCACUCGUCAGACAUUACCAUAUGACGAACGAGACUAUCACGCCCGCACUCAGCAAACAUUACCACACGUACGAGACUACCAAGCCACUACUCAGCAGACAUUGCCAUAGGACGAACGAGACUAUCACGCCACCACUCGGCAGACAUUACCACAUGACGAACGAGACUGUCACGCCACCACUCGUCAGACAUUACCAUAUGACGAACGAGACUAUCACGCCCGCACUCAGCAAACAUUACCACACGUACGAGACUACCAAGCCACUACUCAGCAGACAUUGCCAUAGGACGAACGAGACUAUCACGCCACCACUCGUCAGACAUUACCAUAUGACGAACGAGACUAUCACGCCCGCACUCAGCAAACAUUACCACACGUACUAG